AUGCGCAGCCUCGCUAGGCCAUCACUACCUACGUUACAUACGGCCCUUCACGGGCAAUCAUUACGACACUAUUAUGGCUCCUCACUUGGGCAUUUACAUACGACAGCGGCAUCAUUGGGCCCACUCAAGUCCUCGUACGACCCUCUCCACACUACGAUUAUGUGUACAGUCGCAGGCAAUUCUUGUAUAUCUGAUUUGCUUUCCCGACAUUAAACUUAAGACAUGGGUCGAACACAUACUUCAGCUCCUUCGGAAAUACCCCUAUACGCAGCCCUCAAUAGGCCGUCACUACCUACGUAACAUGCGGCCCACUGUGGGUAAUUCUCUAUGACACUAUUCCGGACCCUCACCCGGGCUAUUACAUACAUCCGGGCCUCCUCGGACCCACUAAAUUCCUCGCACGACCCUCUCUAGCUGCAUUUCUAUGUCCAGUCGCAGGCUUAAGGUAUCUCUGACAUUCACAGAGAGUCGUUGGUUAAAUGACCAGAAAGCCUUUAUACGCGACCCUCACUUGGCCGGCACUACCUUCGCUAUAUACGGCCCUCCGCGGGCAAUCCACAACGACUCAGUUCCCGGCCCCUCACUCGGGUCAUUACAUACUACUGUCGCUUCACUUGGCUCUCUCAGUUCCCCGUAAGCCUCUCUCUCUUCACACCUAGGAGUCCAGUCACAGGCUCUUAACGAAUCUCCGAUAUAUGUAUCCCUAUAGUAAACCAGAGACAUUGUUCAACUACCUCAGGUCCUUCAGAAAUACCUCUAUUCGCGGCCCUCACAGGCCACCACUACUCGAAAUAGAGACGUCGCAUAACACAAAUUUCGGGUCCUUCGGAAAUAUCUCCACACACGAUCUCACGGGGCCAUCAAUUCCUACUCCAAAUUGCCACAGUGGACUAACGCAUAGGAGCAUUCGCGAAGCCGGGAAGUUGCUGCCUAUAUACCCGUCUCCGUGGCAGUCACAGAGUUUCAAGACGAAGGUACGUACUGUCUCGCCAAGCGUCGGACAUUUGGGGCUGAGAGUACCCCCAAACUUAAGCAACGUUCACGGAAACACUACGCGAGCACCUCCAAAUACGUGAAUUACAGUCCAGUAGCAAUACGCUACCCUGAUGAUUUCCUCUACGUGGAAGAUCCCAACAGAACCCCUCAAAACAUCACCGAUGCCGUGGCAUUAUGCUCCUCAUCAGGAGUCUCCCCUACCUGGCUAGGAAACAAUAGGGCCUUCCAACGACCUUACCUUUUCGGUAUCCUCCCGGACUCAGCAAGCAGGCUAGCCAGGUUACCUGAUGAUAAAGUAUAA